CGGAAAUCCUCUUAGAACUUCUCGUGGUGGCCGACGACAGAACGAGCGCGCCUUUCUUAAACAGGAAAGAUGCAGUCAGCUCCGGGCACUCCGUCAUGGAACCGUUCAUUCACUGACUCUAUGUUCUGAUACCCCGAUCCUCCCGGAAAGCCCCCCCCCCCCCCCCGGGUGUAACGAUGUCCAUCGUAACGGUUCAGCUCGGUCAGUGCGGUAACCAGGUGGGUCCCGAGCUGUUCGACGUCAUCAGCAGCGACGCCCAGGAGGGGCAGAAGAGAGCGUUCAGCGCUGCGGUCCGCGAGCGGUUCUUCCACCAAACAACCCGCGGAGAGCUGGUGGCCAGGGCGGUCCUGGUAGACAUGGAGCCCAAAGUGAUCAACCACAGUGUGAGCAGGGCUGCGAAGUCCGGCGUGUGGCGCUACGGAGAGGCGUCACACUUCAGCCAGAAGCAGGGCUCUGGAAACAACUGGGCUAACGGGUUCUGCGUCCACGGGCCGCGUCACAGCGACGCGGUGGAGGAGCUGGUGAGGCGAGAGGUGGAGCGCUGCGACCGGUUGGCCGGCCUCAUGGCCAUGAUGAGUGUGGCGGGGGGGACGGGGUCCGGCGUCGGCACUUACGUUACCCAGUGUCUCCGAGACACCUACCCCAAGUCCUUCAUCCUCAACCACCUCACGUGGCCCUACGGGACCGGCGAGGUGAUUGUCCAGAACUACAACUCCGUGCUGACGCUGGCGCACCUCUACCAGCUGUCGGACGCCAUCCUGGUGCACGAGAACGACACGGUGCACAGGAUCUGCGGCCGGCUGCUCAACAUCAAACACAUCUCCUUCGGCGACGUCAACCGCGUGAUCGCUCACCAGCUGGCCAGCGUCCUGCAGCCCGCGCUCACCGCCGACUCCCGGGGAGUCUACGGCAGAAACCCACUGGGGGAGCUGGCGAGCGCCCUCUCGUGCCACCCGGAGUACAAGCUGCUCAGCGUGUGCACCGUCCCUCAGGUGCCCAGUUCCUCCAUGGCCUACAGCACGUUCACCUGGCCGAGCCUGCUUAAACACCUGCGGCAGAUGCUCAUCUCCAACGCCAAGAUGGAGGAGGGCAAGUUCCGUCCUCUCGGACCUCCUAAAUUCACUCUCAAAUUCAACACUUCUGAGGGUUUGUCCUUUGUCACCGUCUCAGGUAUCGACUGGCAGGUGCGUCCACCUGCUUGUUCUGAGUGGGCCGGGAGUCUCCCGGGAUCCGGCUUCAACCGGUCCCUGGCCAACCUGCUCGUACUGAGAGGGAAAGACGUGUACAGCGCGGAGACAGGGGGCUUUGAGGACCCGGCCCUGUACACCUCCUGGCUCUCCUCAGAAGAUGCUUUCAGCUCGUGGAAAUCACCUGUGCCUUUUAAUAAGUAUGAGAAAUGUGCAACGCUGGUCAGCAACAGCCAGGCUCUGCUCCGACCUCUGGAUGACAUGGUGGGGAAAGCCUGGAACAUGUUUGCAUCCAGGGCCUACCUCCACCAAUACAUGAAGUUUGGGAUCUCAGAGGAGGACUUUCUAGACAGCUUCACGUCUAUGGAGCAAGUCAUCUCCAGCUACAGUCAACUGCACUAGAAGGGAGAAAACUAACCAGCACCAGCUGGACUAAAGGGAAAACCACUGUGUGGCACGUUGCUGCUUUUUAUAUGUACGUGUAAAAAUAAUUUUAGUUGGUUUACUGAAAUGCAUUCCUUGGCUUCAAAGUAUCAAAUGCCGUUCUUGUAGGAACUAAUUUAUUACCUUUUAAUUAAUUUUGCACUGUCAAAUAAUGCAUGAGAUGGACUCGACUUUUAAUGCUAAGGACGAUGAGCUUUUAAAAGCGUUCAGAAGAAUCUUAACCUCUACAAUGACACAACUGAGCGUUUCCACCUGCUGGGGGAGAUACGAGUGUCGUGAUUGAACAAUUAAUGGGAACAAAGAAAAGCUUUGAGCUACUUUUCACUUUAUUGUUCAUAUUUUUUUUCAUCACAAUAUUUCCAGACGUGGGAUGAAACAAACCCAACGCAGAAGGUCCAUAACUUCAGCCAGCUUACAGAGUGCUGUUGCCAUGGCGAUUUAACAGCCAACACCAGUCUGAUAAGCUAGCUGACGGGACGGGAGAGCUGGUGAGAAUAUGGGAGGGAGUGGAGCAGAAUCCGCCCAGUAGGUUUCCAACGGGAGUCCAACAAGAACCAUUAGCUGCUGAACCGUUCACUUACCUUAAAGACGACCAGUUCAGACAUUUAGGCAGUGGCUCUGUCACAAGGGCUGGAAGAAAGCUUUUAAACGUCACGAGGAGCAACACUUUAAAACAAAUUAAUCUUUCAACUAAAAGCUAAAAGAUUCAGACUUGGAAAACCAGUGCAAUGAUUUACAUGUUUUAUAUAUGAUCUGAUCCAAGGUUUAACCUAAAUGUACAGAAUAGAAAUGGAUCUAGUUAGCCGAGUAAAAUGUCAC